CUCCUGAUCAUCUUUUCUAGGUUCCAGAGAUUCCGAAAGCCUCUUCAUCCACAGGAUAUAGAAGAGAACUAUGAGGCCAAAGAACCAGAGCAGAGUAUCUGAGUUCCUCCUCCUUGGGCUCCCCAUCCAGCAAGAACAGGAGGGCUUAUUUUUUGCCCUGUUUCUGGGUAUGUACCUGACCACGGUGCUGGGGAACCUGCUCAUCAUCCUGCUCAUCCGGCUAGAUUCUCGCCUCCACAUCCCCAUGUACUUCUUCCUCAGCCAUUUGGCCUUUUCUGACAUUUCCCUUUCAUCUGUCACAGUUCCAAAGAUGCUCUUGAAUAUGAAGACUCAGCAACAAUCCACCCCCUAUGUAGGGUGCAUUUCUCAAUUGUGUUUUUUCAUAGUUUUUGGGUGUCUUGACCACUUCCUUCUUGCAGUGAUGGCAUAUGACAGGUAUGUGGCCAUCUGUCAACCACUCCACUAUACCACUGUCAUGAGGCAGGAGCUAUGUGUCUCAUUAGUAGCUGUGUCCUGGGUCUUCUCUUGUGCACAUGCUCUGUUGCACACUCUCCUCUUGGUCCCAGUAUCCUUCUGUGCUGACAAUACCAUCCCCCACUUCUUCUGUGAUCUCACUUCUCUCCUGAAGAGGAGUUGCUCAGACAUCUCGCUCAAUGAGGUGAUCAUCUUUACCGAAGGAGGAAUGCUUUACAUUUUGCCUUUGAUUAGUAUCCUGGGCUCAUAUAUCCGUAUAGGGACCACCGUCCUGCGGGUCCCCUCCACCAAGAGAUUCCUUAAAGCCUUUUCUACCUGUGGUUCCCAUCUCUUUGUGGUGUCUUUAUACUAUGGGACGCUUGCAGCUGUUUACCUUUUCUCUUCAUCCUGGGGCUCCACUGACAAAGACAUAAUUGCUUCAGUCAUGUAUACAGUAGUUACUCCCAUGUUGAACCCCUUUAUCUAUAGCCUGAGGAACAGAGAUAUAAAACAGGCCCUAGAAAUAUUUGCCAAUAGGGCUAAAUUCUUUAAGUGA